CAGAAUCUUUGCUGUGUUGACCAAUCCCUGCGCUUGUUCUCACACCCAGCAUUCGCUAGGCAGUUUAGCAUCGAGCAGAAGGAGGAACUAAUCAUCUGACAGAUAGAAGUGUCUUUUGGCUCUCUAUGAUGCAGUUCAUGCUGUUGUUCAGCCGGCAGGGGAAGCUGCGGUUACAGAAAUGGUAUGUUCCUCUGUCUGACAAGGAGAGGAAGAAGAUCUCGAGAGACCUGGUCCAGACCAUUCUGGCCAGGAAGCCCAAGAUGUGCAGCUUCUUGGAAUGGAGAGACCUCAAGAUUGUGUACAAAAGAUAUGCCAGUCUGUACUUCUGUUGCGCCGUUGAGGAUCAAGAUAACGAGUUGAUCACCCUGGAAAUCAUCCAUAGAUACGUGGAGCUUCUGGACAAAUAUUUUGGCAGCGUGUGUGAGCUUGAUAUUAUCUUCAACUUUGAGAAGGCCUAUUUUAUCCUGGAUGAGUUCUUGCUGGGCGGAGAGGCCCAGGAAACAUCCAAAAAGAAUGUGCUGAAGGCCAUCGAGCAAGCCGACUUAUUGCAGGAGGAAGCAGAGGCCCCACGUAGUGUCUUAGAAGAAAUUGGGUUGACAUAAAUCCCCCUGCUUCUCACACUGAUCUGAUCACAUCCAUGCCUCCAUUGUGUCUUCUCCUCAUUUACCGUGUCAGUGUUGUGUUUGUAUAACCACCAUGAGUGUACUGUAUUAUGUACUAUCCUGUAAUGUCCUUUCAGUGUGGUGCCAACUGUGGUGUUAUUGUGUCUCCUCACUACGAGCUCCGUCACCGUCAUCUGCAGCAUUUAGCAUCACUUCUCGCUCUGCAGAGCAAUGUAGCAUGAACAUGACAAACCCAGCAUGAUAUUAAGAUCAUUCAUCAUCACCGAUGGUGGAGUUUGAUGUUUUAAGUCCUGCUGGCACCGCUCGUCUUUUCCCAUCACAGGGAUUUAUGUUAGCGAUGGCAGAAUCUGUGGACAGAGCAUCUCACCUCAGCUGGUCAUGGUGAUUUUCACUACAGCAGACGAAUGCAGUUUAGUUAUUAAAACGCCAAAUAGCGAACAGCAAAAAGUGGUUCAAAUCUGUUUACACGGACUCUCAGGAGUCCUCGCUACAUUAAAUUGCAUCAGUUGUUUCAUAGAUUCAAAUAUGAGGUUUUGUUCUGUUUGGAUACUAGAAACACAUUUCAGAAGUCUUCUUUAUGCCUUUUUUAUUUGUCUACAUUUUCCUUUAUGAGAGGUAGGUGAUUGAAUUUGAGUGAAGCUUCAAAUCCUGCGUUAUUUUUCUUAAAGGUUAUUAGAUUCUGUUACAAAUUACAGUAACAUGACCACCUUGGGAUUAAAGAAUCCAAAACAAGUCUUGGUAUUAUACUUUGCAUAGGAAGUUUCUGUAAAUGAUGUCUUUAAUUUUUUUUUUUUUAGAAUCUUUUUCCUUCAUGACCUGCUAGUGAAAUCUGUUGCUCCUUUAGUCUUCAGACGGGAUGGAAUUGUCACCUAAUUAAAACAUUUCAAUUGUAAAAGUCUGGCUGACACUUUAAAAAACUAACUUAUGACCAAAGAGCACUGUGCUUAAUCUUCUUUAUGGUGUCUUAAGUUCUAAAGUGGCAGGAAGAGGAUUUUUGUGAGUUAUUUCUCUAGUUUACCAGCGUUGUGUUCUUACGUCAGCUUGUUAUAAACAGGUCUGUGGACAUGCGUGUGGUUUAGAACAUAUCAGUGUUUUUGUCCCAGUAAACAGCAGGGCAACAAACCAGCAACCCAUCAGUCGAUGCCCAUCUCCAAUAAAUAUCUUUUUCCAGUUUUGAUUUGUUCUCAAUAAAUCAUUUUGUAUUCAGCACUGCCAACACCUUUUCUGACACUUGAAAGUGAAUAAAUGUACUGAAGAUGA